AUGGAUUGGAUAAUAUCAGAUGAGCUCGGCCUUACUGUUGGCCACCUAGUGGGGUGGGGGGCUGCUGGAGCAAUGAUUGUUGGGGGCAUAGCACCAUACAUUCCACAAUACAGACAAAUAAAAAAGACUCAAGAUGCAGAAGGGUUUUCUUUGUAUGUUUGUUUAACUCUCCUCAUAGCAAAUACCUUAAGGAUUCUAUUUUGGUUUGGAAAAAGAUAUGAAAUCCCACUUUUAAUCCAAAGCAUAGUAAUGAACAUAACAAUGUUUAUAAUGAUUCACCUUUGUGUAAAUGUGCGUAAGAAAAAUCAGAUCAUACGAUCUCGUGAGAGAAUAUUUACAGCUCAACCAGAUGAAACGGCUCGCUGGUUGGGCCAGCAGAGUGGCGUCACAGGUGGGGAGAAGCCUCGUCGCUUCUAUGAUAUGGACAGAAAAUAUUUUUGGGCCUGGACAGACUUCCAGAGUUAUGUAGACUGUAUGUUGGUCUUCUCGGUGCUCGGAGCAGCUAUAACAUAUCUGUUAAUAGAAGUCGCGCCGUUUGUUGAAUUUAUUGGAUUUCUUGCCCUAUUCACUGAGGCAAUGCUUGGUGCACCACAGAUAGCUAAAAAUUUUCAAACUAAAAGUACAGAAGGAAUGAGUGUUAGCAUGGUUAUCAUGUGGACAUGUGGUGAUAUCUUUAAGACUGUUUACUUUGUAAUAAGAGAAGCCCCUACACAAUUUUGGGUAUGCGGCAGCCUUCAAGUUAGCUUGGAUGUUGUAAUUUUAUUACAGGUCUGGUGGUAUCGCCAUAAUACCGCUGCAGCACGUCGCCUCCGCCGUGGAGACUAG